CAACAGCGCACGGUUUACAGGCUGACACUGGUCAAAGCUUGGAAUGUGGAUGAACUCAAAGCCUAUGCUGACCUCAUAUCCCUUGGCAAACCAGACUUCAUCGAGGUCAAGGGUGUGACGUACUGCGGGGAGAGCUCAGCCAGCAGCCUCACCAUGGCCAACGUCCCCUGGCACGAGGAGGUGGUCCACUUUGUCCAGGAGCUGGCCCACCUCCUCCCCGACUACGAGAUCGCCUGCGAGCACGAGCAUUCCAACUGCCUGCUGAUAGCUCACAAAAAGUUCAAGGUGGAGGGCGAGUGGUGGACGUGGAUCGACUACGAGCGCUUCCAGGAGCUGGUGCGGGAGCGCGGGGGGAGCGGCGGCUCCGCGCCCUUCGCCGCGGCAGACUACAUGGCCAGGACCCCUGGCUGGGCUCUCUUUGGGGCCAGGGAGAGGGGAUUCGACCCCCAGGAGCUCAGGCACCAGCGGAGGAACAAAGCGAGGGACGUCUCCGGGUGCUGA